AUGACUGCCCAGCGAGUAGCAAUCAUUGGGGCUGGGGUUUCUGGCCUGUGUGCCCUGAAAUGCUGCCUGGAUGAGGGGCUGGUACCCAUCUGCUUCGAGAGGAGCGGGGACAUCGGGGGCCUCUGGCGCUUCGAGGAGCACCCCGAGGAGGGACGCGCCAGCAUCUACCCCUCCCUUAUCAUCAACGCUUCCAAGGAGCUGAUGUGCUUCAGUGACUUCCCCAUCCCUGAGGACUUCCCCAACUACAUGCACAACUCCAAGAUCAUGGAGUACUUCCGCAUGUACGCCCAGCACUUCGACCUGCUCCGCCACAUCCGUUUCAGGACCAACGUGUGCCGUGUGACCAAGCGCCCCGACUUUGCCGCCACGGGCCAGUGGGAGGUGGUUGCGGAGAGCGAGGGGAAGCAGGAGGUGGACGUCUUUGACGCCGUGCUGGUGUGCACCGGGCACCACACCGACGCGCACCUCCCGCUGAGCACCUUCCCAGGGCUGGAAAAGUUUGAGGGCUGGUACCUGCACAGCCGGGACUACAAGGACCUGCAGUCCUUUUGGGGGAAGCGGGUGGUCGUGGUCGGCACCGGGAAUUCAGGAUGCGACAUUGCGGUGGAGCUCAGCCAAGUGGCCAAGCAGGUCUUCCUCAGCACCCGGCGUGGGACCUGGGUGCUGCACCGGGUGGCAGAUGGGGGGUACCCCUUUGACUAUCUCUACCUCAGACGCUUCUUACAGCUCCUCUACAGACUGAUGCCCCACAUCAUCAACUUUCUCAUAAGCAGAAAGCUGAACGCCCGCUUCAAUCACACGCUCUAUGGCCUCCAGCCCCAGCAUACGGUCUUUGAACAGCACCCAACUGUCAGCGACAACCUCUCCAACCGCAUCAUUUCGGGCAAGGUGCUGGUGAAGCCAAACAUCCGGGAGUUCACGGAGACGUCUGCCAUCUUUGAUGACGGCACCAGGGAAGAGAUUGAUGCUGUGGUCUUUGCCACAGGAUACAGCUUCUCUUUCCCCUUCCUCGAGGGCUACGUGAAGGUGGUGGAGAACCAGAUCCCCCUCUACAAAUUCAUGUUCCCCCCUGACCUGGAGAAGCCAACGCUGGCUUUCAUUGGCCUCAUCCAGCCCCUGGGCCCCAUCAUGCCCAUCUCCGAGCUCCAGUGUCGCUGGGCCACCCGCGUCUUCAAGGGGCUGCUUGACCUGCCACCAUCUGCCAACAUGCUGGCUGACAUCAUGCAAACCAAGGAGGAAAUGGCCAAGCGGUACGUGAAGAGCCAGCGGCACACCAUCCAGGUGGAUUACAUCCCCUACAUGGACGAGCUCGCCUGCCAGGUGGGGGUCAAGCCCAACCUGCUCGCCCUCUUCCUCACCGACCCCAAGCUGGCGCUGGAGGUGCUCUUCGGGCCCUGCACGCCAUACCAGUACCGCCUGCGGGGCCCGGGCAAGUGGCCGGGUGCCAGGGAGGCGAUCCUCACCCAGCAUCAGCGUGUGGUCAAGCCCCUGCAAACCACAGCCAAGGGCCGUCCUCCCCACUCCAGCACCACAUCCCACAUCUUCAAGUUCUUCAGCAUCGGUUUGAUUGUGGCCACCCUUGCCUAUGUCUCGCUCUCUCCUUAACCCAAAAUGCAGGAG